AUGAAGGGAAUCGUCCUACUUCUUGUAGUGGCCGUUGUGGGGAACCAGAAACCCCAAACAAAAACCCAGAAUCCUGAGACUGGACCUGAGAAUGUCGACAUCAAACCAGAAUUUCCUGCCGGAAAAAGUUUGAUCUACAAUUACACCGUCUUAAUGGAAACUGGAGUUGAAGAUAAAAGUUAUGGAAGGGGUCUUCUCAAGAUACAAGCUGAUGCAAUUAUCACAACAGGUCAACCAGAGCAUAUGCUUCAGUUAAGGAACAUGAGAGUACAAGAUGCUGUUGGAUUCUACCCAGAAAGUACCUUGUCAGAAUCACGAAGGGAAUAUAAACAGAUCUUUGAAUGCCAGAGGUUUAAAGUCCUUUUCACCUACAAUGGAAAAUAUAGCUCCAUCCGUAUGCCAAAGAAUGCAGAUCCAAUUUGCAGGAAUUUUAUAAAAGGCUUCAUGAACCUGUUCAUUUUCACAUCACCACGGAACCAUAGAGAAUAUGAAGUACUGGAGGAUGGACUUGAAGGCGAGUGCAACACCAAAUAUGUUAUCAACGAGGAGAAAAAGAACAACGUCUACUUGUUUAACAGAUUCAGGGACCUGAACAACUGCAAACAAAAAAUUAUGCUGACUGUUGGGAUCCCCUACCUCCAGCUCUUCCAGCAACCCAACUGCCUCCAAAGAGAGAGAUUUGUUCUAGGUGGAACUGCCACAGUCAUCAAAGUGAAGCAUGACAGUAAAGGUGACCUGAUCACUCAAAUCAAGUCUAAACAAGUAUUAGAAUUCCGUAUAGGCGGAGAGGAUGCUACUGGAUAUACGAAAUCUGAGCAAUUGUUGGACUUGAGAGAAAUGAGACCUGAACAAGGUCAGCAGCAGCAGCAGCAGCAACAACAACAACAACAAGAAGAAGGAGAGCUUGAAGUAACCAGCAUUCGUUAUGACAUUACCAAAACUAUGCAUUAUCCUGUGCAUGAUCUCAAAGGAGAUGCUGUACAACAGGCUGAGCAACUCUUGCAAGAAUCAGUGAACUGGCAGAUGGAGGAUAAAUUGUUUUACACCAAGGUUAUACGAUUGGUCCGAAUCAUGCCACGCAUAUCAUACAAUGAUCUGAACACUCUCUGGAAUAAGUUUUCAAGAAUCCUUGUUGCUAGAAAAGUCCUUUUGAUUUCAUGUGCCCAUGCGGGUAAUUUGAUCACAGUGAAGUUUAUCAAGGACAAAGCAAUCAGUGGAGAACUGCUAUAUCCUGACCUGCUUUGGUUUAUUCCCACAACCCUCUACUUUGCCAGCCCGGAUAUUAUGAGAGCAGAGGAAAUUGCUAAAGUGACAGCAGAGUUACUUUCCAAAAUCCCUGACAGAACAUCUAUCCUUGGAAAAGCAGCUUACCUGGCAUAUGGGACUAUGGUGAACAAACUAUGUUCUACUUCUCGAACUUGUCAUCCUAAAUUGCUUGAGCCUCUCCACAACUUUCUAACUGAGGCAGUUCGGGAAAAAGACGAAAGCAAAACUGUAUUAGCUCUGAAAGCUAUUGCUAAUGCUGGUCAGAUCAUCAGCCUGAAACAAGUGAAACUCCUGUGUGAGAAUACUAAACAUCCUGAACACCUCCAGGUCAUUGCAGUUCAGGCCAUGGCGCAAAUCGGCCAGCAGGAUCCUGCAAAGGUUCAAGGUUUUCUCCUUCAGGUCUCUAUGGAUGUUUCACGAUGUGAGGCUGUCCGAACAAUGGCUUGCAUGGCCCUCCUAGACAGUGCCCCUCCUCUACCUAUAGUAAUGGCCUUGGCCAGUGCAAUGAUGCAUGAGGAGAAUAUCCAUGUUGCCAGCUUUGUGUACUCUCACAUGAUGACUAUAACAAAGAUCAGGGACCCUGCAUACUACAUCCUGGCUUCUUAUUGCUCUAUGGCCCUCAGAAUUCUGAACCCCAGGGCUGAUGAACUGACCUCCCCUUUCAACAAGGCUCUAUUUUUGCCUUUUUUCAACUCUUUCCUAACCAAUGGACUUACUGUGAAAUUCUUCAUGUCUGGUGACAAUAGAUAUCCUUCAGAUAUCACCUGGAAAACAGAUUUGACAUUUUACCAUACCAAGUUCAACCUGUUAGAGAUUGCACUGAAACUUCAAGGUAUAAAUAAAUUGUUUGAGGAAUCAGUUAGCCAGUCUGACCAAUAUGCUACAAAGCAGAAGAUCAAAGAUACCCAAGACAAGUUUCCAGCAUACCAAGAACUAACUGUCAAAGAGCCCUCCAUUGGUAUUGCAGUCAAAUUUCUAGGAAACGACAUUAUGUAUGGCUACACUUCAGAAAUGAGUCAACAUUGGAAGGCAGAAGAGUUUAGACCAGCUCUGAUCAAAGCGUCUCUAAAAAUGGCUGAAGUGGCUUUCAAACUCGUCAGCGUUCAAUUCAACCAUUACUUCGUUUUCGAUAUGGGGCAUGUUCUUCCAACAGCUCCUGGUUUACCAUUCCAAUUUAGUCUUAGUGGUGUCCUUGCAGCAGAUGUAGCCUGGAAAGCAAAAUCAGAUAUGUUUCAAGACGAUGUCACAGCACCCAAAAUACAAGCACAACUCGAUAGCAAAUUUCGUAUGCAUGGUCGGGGAAGUAUGAACUGGGGAAUUAAGACAGACCAGAUCGAUAACGGAAUAGAAAUGUCCGGCAACAUCCAUUUAGAUACUGCACUCAAAAUGAAUGUUUCACUGGACAUGCCACAAAACAGAUUUAAAGUAGAAAUUGGUAAUCUUCAGGAGAAGCGUGAUGGAUUGAUUGUAAGCCAUACAGCACAGGCUGUAGCAAGGUGCCAAAGUAUUGAGCAAACGGCCCCAGUUCUUCCCUUCCCAGUUGACAUUGAAGAAUGGGAUGAAAAAACUGGCCAAGGCAACAUCAAACAACAAUCUAAAAGCAGCCAGAAACCUCAAGAGUUUUGGAACGGUUGCUGGCGUUUAACUUGGCUCCCGAUAGACACGUGCUGGGAAACCACCAAGACAAAAGGAUACGUGGCCUACGGGAAUACACUGCUGCAUCUGUUAUGCUCACAACAUGAAAUGAGGUUUUGGUUUAAACCAGAAACUGGUUUGACUAGGAUCCUAGUGGAUGCCAACCUAGACUCUGCAAAAAUUAGGAUGAGAAGAGACCUGGCACUCGAAGAAGAACAAGUGAAAGAAGAAAAACAGGAGGGUAAUAUCAAAGUUCAGAAGAGGCCAGACCAGGAAGUUCCAAAGAGGCCAGGCCAGGAAGUUCCAAAGAGGCCAGGCCAGGAAGUUCCAAAGAGGCCAGGCCAGGAAGUUCCGAAGAAGAAAGGCCAGGAUACCAAGCGCCCAGAUGAGGACACCACCUCUUCCUCUGACUCUGUUUCCGGGAUGAAAAAGGGACAAGACAAAAAGAAAGGUGGUACCAGCAGCAGCAGCUCCACCUCCAGCAAGGACAGCAACAGCAAGGAUACCAUUGAAAGCAGCAGCAGCAGCAGCAGCAGCAGCAAGGAGAGCAGCAGUAGCCAGUCUCAACAGAGUGGAACAAAGGGUUCUUCCCAGAGCCAAUCUAGUGAAAGUUCUUCCAGCAGCAGUGACAGCAGUGAAAGCAGCAGUGACAGCAGUAGCAGUGACAGUAGUAGUAGCAGCAGUGACAGUAGCAGCAGUAGUGAUAGCAGCAGUGACAGCAGUGAAAGCAGCAGUGACAGCAGCAGCAGCGACAGCAGCAGCAGCAGCAGCGACAGAAGCAGCAGCAGUAGUGACAGUAGUAGUAGCAGCAGUGACAGUAGCAGCAGUAGUGAUAGCAGCAGUGACAGCAGUGAAAGCAGCAGCAGCAGCAGCAGCAGCAGUGACAGCAGCAGCAGCAGCAGUGACAGCAGCAGCAGUGACAGCAGCAGCAGUGACAGCAGCAGCAGCAGCAGUGACAGCAGCAGUAGCAGCAGCAGUGACAGCAGCAGUAGCAGUGACAGCAGCAGCAGCAGCAGUGACAGCAGCAGCAGUGACAGCAGCAGCAGUGACAGCAGCAGCAGCAGCAGUGACAGCAGCAGUAGCAGCAGCAGUGACAGCAGCAGUAGCAGUGACAGCAGCAGCAGCAGCAGUGACAGCAGCAGCAGCAGUGACAGCAGCAGCAGUAGCAGUGACAGCAGCAGCAGCAGCAGUGACAGCAGCAGUGACAGCAGCAGCAGCAGCAGUGACAGCAGCAGUGACAGCAGCAGCAGCAGCGACAGCAGUAGCAGCAGCAGUGACAGCAGCAGCAGCAGCAGUGACAGCAGCAGCAGUGACAGCAGUAGCAGCAGCAGUAGCAGCAGUGACAGCAGCAGCAGCAGUGACAGUAGCAGCAGCAGUGACAGUAGCAGCAGCAGUGACAGCAGCAGUGAUAGUAGUAGCAGCAGCAGCGACAGCAGCAGCAAGAGCAGCAACAGUGAGGAUAGCACCACCGAGAGCAAAAGCAGUGAAAGCAGCAGUGAGAGCAGCAGUGAGAGCAGUGAGUUUGAUGACGAUUCAGAGAAGGGAGUACCAAAAGGGAUUCAUGAAUUAUCUUUCCGAUCUGUGAAGAAACAGAAGCCAGGAAAACAAUCUGAUGAUCCUUCUGAUUCUGACUCUCAGCUGGACAACAAAAGAAAAGGAGACAUCAGUGGUGAACAAGACAUAAAAGUCUCUGAGAUGAAGGCAUACGCUUCUGUUAAUUUCCGCUACAAAUAUAUUAGUAAGCAAGAAGGUGGACAUGAUCUUGUAGUGCUCAAAAGUCCCACUGCAGUUAAAGUGACAGUGAGUGACAUCAAACGCCCAACCAAUCCAAUGGUAUGCUUCACCUACAUGGAGGUCAAUCCUCAUAAAAUAAAGACAAGUCUGAAAUUUGGACAGGAUUGCAGAGACUACAGUGUUUCACUUUACACAGAGUCUGGUUAUUUUAAUAAAAAGCCAGCUCUUCAGGCACAAUUAAAGUACCCUAAGGUUCCUGAGCCUAUUCUUUCUCUUAUAGAUGAAACUCUUGCAGUGCUCCCUGGGCUUGCCUACCUAGCAGGCUUCUCUCAUGAACUCCAAAAGAACCCUCGUCAAGAAAUUACAAUGAUUAUGGCUCUAAAACGUCCAGAUGAAUGUACCAUGGUCAUGAGAUUGCCAGAUAAUGUCCUCUACAAUGACAACUGCAGACUUCCAUAUUCAGUGCCAAUGGAUCCCAAAGCCAAAACUUCAAAAAUUGCUGAUAUUCCAAAAUUGCUUCUUGCAAGUGUGAAUGGUGUUUGUUCAGUACAUGGUAAAAGAAUUAUAACUUUCAACAAUCAAAUGAUUACACACGGAUUGCCUGACGACUGUUUCAUAAGUGUAUUGGGAGAUUGUACUUGUCACAAGAAAUUGAUAGUGUUGAUGAAAUACGAGUCCAAAAACAAUAAUAGUAUUCUAGUUGAAAUGCAUGCAGAUGGCUUAAUGUAUACCCUGAAGAUGCGUGAUAGUGAGCUCAUUCUAGAAGUAAAUGGCACUAAGUUACAGGAUGGAGCUAUCCCUCAUGCCCUGAAACUUUUGCCUAUUCAAUAUAAGAAAACACCAGCUGAAGUGGAGUUAAACAUGCCCAUGGUUGGACUGGAAGGCAUGAUAUACAGAGGAUAUGAUGUCAAGUUUAUAGUUAAUAAGGUCCUAGAAAAUUCAUGUGGUAUCUGUGGAUGGUAUGGUUUAGACGUAAAGAAGUUCCGGAAACCAAGUGGCCAUACAACUCGAGAUGAAGUAGGCUUUGUUCAGUCCUGGGUAGUCCCUGAUAAAUGUGGUGGAGACUGUAAACUGCGGCACACAACAGUGAGACACGAGAAUCCAAUCUUAAUGGGAGAAGAAAAUCCACAGUGUGUUACCAAUCUUCCUGUCACACGCUGUGGAAGGCUGCUCAGCCACCAGUACUACCAAAACCUUAGCUACCUUCCAUUGUGUGCCAGCUGGAUCAACCUUGCCUUCCGACCAGGCGGACCAUGCAUCAUAGGACGUAUGAUACAAUUUUUAAAAUCUCGCAUUCAAGCACUUGACUCGGAGGUUUCUGAAACCAAGGCAAAAUUGAAUCUGGUAGCUGCUCAGGUUUACGACCCAUGCAAACAGCCACUGUUAGCAUUUACCUCCGAUUCUGAUAUAGAGGAUGACAAUUACCUUUCACAAAAAACCUUGCUCACUGACAUGGAAGGUGCCGACCUUAAAGGGCUGGCUUCGGCCAUGCAGACUUAUGCAAUGGAAGCUAUCAAAAAUGAUUGUCUCGAGCAAUUUUAA